AAACGUCUAAUUGUUACUUAAUACUUCUGGGUUCUUUUCUAGAUCAAGUAUAAAUAAAAAGAAAAUUUUGUUGUGAUUUAAUAUACAUUCAAUAUGGCUGCUGGUCCCUAUAAUUAUUCAUAUAUCUUCAAAUAUAUUAUCAUUGGUGAUAUGGGUGUUGGUAAAUCAUGUCUGUUGCAUCAGUUUACUGAGAAAAAAUUUAUGGCUGAUUGCCCACACACAAUUGGUGUAGAAUUUGGAACUCGAAUUGUUGAAGUUGCUUCACAAAAAAUCAAAUUGCAAAUAUGGGACACUGCUGGUCAAGAACGAUUUCGUGCAGUAACUAGAAGUUAUUAUCGUGGUGCUGCUGGUGCACUGAUGGUGUACGAUAUCACUAGAAGGAGUACUUAUAAUCACCUAAGCAGUUGGUUAACUGAUGCUAGAAAUUUAACGAAUCCCAACACAGUUAUAAUUAUGAUUGGAAACAAAUCAGAUCUAGAAGCACAGCGAGAUGUCACAUAUGAAGAAGCAAAGCAAUUUGCUGACGAAAAUGGUUUACUGUUCUUAGAAGCCAGUGCUAAAACUGGUGAAAAUGUAGAAGAUGCUUUUUUAGAAACUGCAAAGAAAAUAUUUCAAAGUAUACAAGAUGGAAGUUUGGACCUUAAUGCUGCCGAAUCUGGUGUACAACACAAACCAGCUAAGAAAGGUGGACCUAGCCCGUUUCCGCAAGAAAACCAACAAAACAAAGAAAACUGUGGUUGUUAGCUUCGUUUUUUGUUAUACUGUAAAUUGGUUGUCGGGAAAUAUUAACAGAAUUAAGAGACGAUUUAAUCGAAUGAAAAGGCGCCAUUUUUCUUAAAACUGUCUCGAAGUCGUAUCUAUGAAAAGAAGAAACGUGACCAGGGAGACAUCCCCAUAUAGAACUGCUUUUUAAAAACAAGAAAUACGAUUUUUGAUCACAGGACACACAAUCAUUUCAUAUGUUCCAGGUAGUAUUUUGCUUUGUUUAGCUUCGAUGAUUUUUUUAGUUUGAUGUGUAACUUGGAAAUUUUGUAUGUUUAUUGCUUUAUGUAAUGAAGCAAACAUUUGAUUGUGAUAUUUCUUCAAUGUAAUUGUUUUUCUCUUCACAAUAAUUCUUUUUCACAAUACGAAUAAUGUAAAAAAGUGUGUGCGUGCGUCUUCCAGUUUGAUAUAAGUUUAAGGAUGGCUUCCACUCAAAACUUUAUGUACACAGACGGUUAAGAAUAUGGCGUACAAUUGAAAUGGCUUUGAAAAAAUUAGUGCUGCAAUUUUAUGCGAAGCCUGAACUUGUUUUGUAUUUGGCUACAACGCUUUCUAUCUCCCUUCCCCUUUCCCCUUUUUUUCUUCCUGUAUAUAUUUUUUAUCUCGACGUUCCUAUGUUUAAAACAAGUAUCCCUACGAGUUCGAGGUAAAGUGAGUCCGAUGUAUAGAAUGUACUGGUGCACGCGCUAAAGUUUCUUUGUGGAGGCCAACCUUAACGUUCUCCUUUUCUCUUGAUUGAGUCGUGGCUUCAAGAUCUUAACUUGUGUGUUUUGCCUUAAGAGGUCUUGGUGAGAAACAUGUUCAUCUCUACAAAUUGUAAUUUAAAAUAUUCACGAGAUUUUUUUAGAAUAAAUUUUUGUGUAUCUCAAUUGUACAGAACAAUAUAUCGCUUCGCUUUA